AAAUGGUAUGAUCUGUCAGACUUUUUCGUCGUCUAUGACAUAACCUGUAAAAAAGAGAAAUUUAUCUUAAAAAAUCCAAUUAAUGAAAUAUAAAAUCUAUUGUGAUGUCUGAUGAAGAGGUUAUAAGAAGACGUCUCUUGAUCGAUGGUGAUGGAACUGGUGAUGAUAGGAGACUAAACGUCAUUUUGAAAAAUCUUACCAAAUGGGCACAUAGUACAGGUACUGAACCUAAUGAUAAUCAAAUUGUUCUUGAUAGAACUUUGUGGCAGUUAGGACUAUGUGAAUUUUCUGUUAAACGUUCAAAAAUAUUGAGGAAAACAUCGACCAAACAGUUGAGAAAAUACAGUCAAAUUCAAGAAAAGUUAGAAAUGGAAAUAACUAAAACUAAGGACUCAAUAGAGGAAAGCAAAAACAAUUUGAAGCAGGCAAAAAUAUGGAAGCAGAACCAUGUAAUGUAUGAUUUAUUGGCUAAUACAAUUGUGGGGCAUCCAGCUAGAAAAGAAACAAAUAAAAUGCUCAAUAACCUUCAAACAGAAUUGAAAAACUUGAAAGAACAAAGCAAGUCCCUCGAGAUGAAACUUGAUUUGAGAAAGAAGCAGUUUCAUGUUCUCGUCACUAGUGCCAAUCAGUUAAGGGCAAUGCUUGAAGAAGUGGAAAAUGAAGAUUCAAAUAUGAACAUGUCUCUGAUAGACAUUACAAAUAGCCCUGAACCAGAACCCAUGUCAGAAUAAGUUAGGAAUAAGAUUGAUAUUUUAAUUACAUUAUAUACCUAGUGGUAUAUAAGUCUUCAGCUUAAGUUUGUAUGUAUUUGUCGAUCAAAAGUAUCAAAUAUACAGAUAAACA